UUUUUUUACAAUGGACUAUGGCAACCUGUUUUCAUUCCUCAUUCAUCAGAGUCGCAUACGAAUCUAGCAGGAGACGUUCACACAUUUUCUCUUUCUCGCACUCUUCCCUCUCUUUCUUUAAUCUCUUUUACUCGCAUCUCACUUGACUUGUAUUUUUAUACACUUAUACAUACCAUUCAUACAUACAGACAUAAUACAGAAUCACCGCCAGCAUUCCUUUCUGACUGAGCAAGAGCUUGCAAUAGAUCAUACAAAAGCGACUUUUCCUUUCCAGCUUCACCUUCCAUCCCUUUUUCUUUCUCCUCUGUCUCUUCCUCCCUUUGUUCCACCAUAUCAUGAGCCACAAAUGGCAAGACCCCACAAUGGCUGCACAGCCUCCUCAAUGGCCUAUGGCACAGUCACAAACAACAUCCAUUUUUUCACUUCCCUUGGACAAACAAAAGUCUUUUAAAAGGACAUUCAGCCAACCAUCACCCACUCCUAGUCACAAAAAAGACCGUAGUAGCCUCUGUCGCCGUUUAUCGAAUGGUUAUCUUCGGGUGUUUGACACUAAUACUGUGCACUCCACAGCACAGGAUGCUCUUGCCCAUCGUGGGAGCUCAGCAGGAUCAACUGCUCGCAAGGAUUCAAUCAAGAAUAUCUUAAACAGCGCCAGCCCCUUUUCCAACAAGGCAAACGUACCGGAGUUCAUUGAACUUCACACAACGCAGCAGGAGAGCAAGGAGGAGGAUUCUUCUCAAAAACACCAACAACAUCAUGAUCCUACAUCUCAAGGUCCCUUACACAUACCAAAUCCUGAGAGGAUCAUAGAGGGUCUUCAUAUUGCUUCGACCUCCAACUCAGAUGCUUCAGUUGUCCGAAGUGAGAAACAGUCAUUUUCACUCAUUGCUCCAGAGCAUUCAAGAAGAAUAGAGCGGAUACGAACGUCAGUCCAGGCUUUUUUAAAUAAUCGAUUUUCAGUGCACGAGUACACAGUUCCUCGGUUGUUUAUUGUUCUACCUGAUGGAGCUACUUGGACGAAUUCAAGUGACAGCGGGUAUGGGGCAGCAUCGGGCGAAAAUACCGGAGCGAGCAACAUCGCAGCUGGACAAUCAACGUCUCCUAUGAGAUAUCGACUCUACUUCUUAUGUGAAUGCAGUUCUAGUUUCACAUUACCUCUUGGAAGCGGACUGAAUCAUUUACAUAUCGCCAAACAUCCCGGAUACGAAAUUGAUCCUGACCGACAGGAUGAAUUUUUCAAAAGAUAUGGGUCCAUGAUCCUGAUUCUUCUCUAUUUUCUAAAGUAUGGGCAUAGUCCAGUUGAAGACUCCACCGCAGUAUUGCAACAGGUCUCCACACGGAUGCCACAGCAGCGAUCCACACAGAGACAAGGACAAAGACAAGGACAAAGACAAGGACAGGGACUAAAGCAAAUACAGCCACAGCAACCUCAACUGCAACGAAGUUCUGUUCAUGAAUCGAAUCUAAAGAAAGUAAUAAGGAUCUCGAACUUACGACGGUCAGAUAUGCCCGACUCAGUUGCUCAGGAUGUAGAGCUCAAGUUUGAUACGAUGAUCGAGUUCCUUGAGAGUCUCCGACCGCGAAAUGAUUCACAAUCGAGGGGUAAUGGGAGAUCAGAGCCUCUGGGGGAUCAACACGAUGAUGAACAAGCUUCGGAGGAUGAGGGUGAUACCUUACGUGGACUCUAUGGCUUAUCGGACCUGCAUCAACUAUAUUCAUAUCUAGGAAUCUCAAACCCCAUCAAAAGAAAUCAGUCUGGACAGUUGGGGAACUUGUACCGUGUCAGUAAUGUAAGAGGUCAAAGCAGCUGGAUAUGUGUUUACCACUAUCGGUGGACAUUUCUUGAGAAGAACAUUGAUGAAUUCGAGCGUUGGGUCGUUUCCCGGCGUGGUCUUUUUGACAAGCAAUCUGGAUCUGUCUCCAUUAUGCUCUUUUCUAGGGCUCAGACUCGUACGUUUUGUUCAUGGAUCUCCAACAAAGUGGCACCAUCGCUUGUAGAAGUUCACAUCAAACUAGGCUGGAGUUUUGGAAAGAAGGAUCUUUGGAGACUUGCCAAGGCCCUUGCUAGCUCAACAGUAACAGUCUUGUCUCUCGAUGGGUGCUCCUUUGCUGAGGAUUCAACCUAUAAGAUCUUGCACAAGAAAUAUGAUCCAUUGCUGUACUUACUGACACAGGGGCAGUUACAUUCUCUGGAGCUGCUGCGAUUUCCUUCGCUCUUUGCAAGACUUUCCUCCAAGGCUGUCAAAGCAACCUCAUUGCUAAGACUUGAAUUUGGUCGUGGUAUGGAGAUAGGCUCGAAAGAUCGUAGCGCAUUUAGUCAACUUAUUGCUUCCUGCACGUCCUUGCAAGAGCUUAUAUUGCCAGGAUUUCGUAUCUCAGACCUGCAGAUACAGGCGAUCAUCACAGGCAUUCGGGCAAAAACCUCACUAGUCACUCUUGAUCUAUCGAACAGUCAGUUAAAUGAUGGCAACGCCAUCAUUUUAGCUCAAGGGCUAUAUAGUACUAACAUCUGUCAUUUGGACCUCUCUAAGAAUGAAUCCUUGAGCGAUACAGGAGCUGCACGUGUUAUUCGUGCUAUUGGGCCAAGGCUCACAAGUUUGAAGAUGGCGCAGACAGGGUUUGGUGAUCAGGCUGCAGCAGCUCUUGCCAAAAGUAUGGAUGGAAUCUCUUUCUCUAAUACUUUGCAAAACCAGCUCCACCUUCAAAACCGCCUGGAUAUUGUCGCAAUUGCAGCAGGUCAUCGGCCAGGAAUGCGUCUCCUUUCCCAUAAUCCUCAGUUCAUCACAGAGGAGGCGAUGCAGCGCAAGCAGGUUCGAGAGAAGACACAUGAACGAGGGCACCUUGUGUACCUAGAUAUCGAAGAUAACCAAUGCACUGUACAAGGUUUCAAGUCAUUGGCAAAAAUCAAAUCACGGCUUCACCUCGUAUAUUUGAACAUGUCUGGGAGCAAGGAAUUGAUGGAUAGCGAGUGCGCUGGGAUUUUGGAAAAAGUAGCUGGUUCAGCUAUGGUCACUUUGCGUCUUGCAUGUACAGGUUUUGGGGACCAGUCCGCUAAAUCACUCGCCAAAGUAUUAUUGGAAGAUCUCUCAAGAGAUGAUGAUAAGGAAACCAAGAGAUUAGCAGGGCUGUGUCGACUUGAAGAAUUGGAUCUUCAGGCCUGUCCGAUUAGCUCUGAAGGCCUACUAGCAUUAUGUGACGCACUUGACCAAGUGCAUGCGUCUUCAAGUCUAAAGAUUAUGGAUUUGGGACACUGUGGACAUUUGAAAGAUCAAGCGCUGCAGCGGCUCUUACGAACUCUUGUUGUCCAAAAUGGAGUGGCCAUGGAUUCUAGUAAUGUUAACACAUCAGCUGGAUGUGCAAUAGUAAGAUCGGAUUCUGAUCCAAUUCCUCAACCAGAAGGUUCGAUGGGUGAGCAUGAUGUGAUAGCGAACGAACUUUUGGAGCCGACAAACAUUUUCCCACCCAAGAUGCCUUUGGUUCCAACAAAAGGGUUCUUUACAAACUUGCGGCAGCUGGAUCUUAAGAGUACACGAGUUGGCGAUGGUACUGCAUGGCUCCUUGCGCAAGCGCUUGUACAGCCCUGGAUUAUGAUAAACUCGAUCACGAUCCUAAGUCCCCUCUCAAUGUCUACACAGGGUAUGUGCUGGAUUAUUGAAGCCCUAUGUGAAAACACAUCUGUACAGGACUUUGGGAUCGGGAAAGUUGAUAUUAUGGUGCAAUCAGAGCUGGAGCUUUUCGGGCUAGGCCUUUUAAGACUGAUGGAGGCGAACAAGCGCAUUCGAUCCUUAACUACCCUGGGCGCACCAUUAGUUGCUAUUGCCAAGGGCUUAAUGCUAAACCAAACACUGCACUCUGUGUACCUGAUCCGAUCAAGAGGUCAAUUCGAAGACUUGCAACUUAUGGGACAGGCUUUAGGCUUUACUCGGUCCUUACUUGUGUUUUGGAUGGGUGGUUCCGAGGAUUCCUUGAUCGCUCCUCUACAGUUCCAUCAUCAACACCAAUCAGGGCGUGAGACACAACAAGCUCUAUCUGAUUCGACAUUCUCAUCCUUACAGCACCAGCCAGAGCAAGAGCCGAAACAGCAUGAGCCGCACCAACAGGCCGCCUACCGUCCGAAGCAGACCCAUGUUCGCAACCUCUCUUUACCCAAAAAUAUUGGCGCCGCUCUGAAGACAGCCUUAGCCUUUUCAUCAAGACUAUCAUUGGAAUCCUCCAAACAACGGACGCAGCCUAGCAGUCAUGAUGCAACGACAAUAAGCGCUCCUAUAGAUACCUUUCGAACAGUCCCCAGCACCAUGCAUCCGAACGCGCUUAAGACUGACCCUAAAAGCUCGAACAACCGAACAGCCGCGUCUACGAUAGAUGCUGGAGCAGCAUCAAAUGUUGAGGAAGGAUCCGGAGGAACGUGGACUCGCAACCCCAUCAUUGAAGGAGUUCGACGGAACCACAGCCUGAUCAAGGUAACCCUUGAUAGCAGCUUAUCCUUGUCAACACCAUCGGUCUUAGCUUCGUCAACAACCAACAUGGAUUCUGCUGCUGGAACAACCCCUGCGACAACAUCGGCUGGAGUUAAUUUAUCGCGCGCCAGCUCUUGGAAUGGUGGCAAUCGUGCCGCACAGGAGCAUUAUACCCGUCAAGAGCUUGAGCAAUUACAAAUGCAGCAACAGCACAUUUUGCAAAAGAAAAUGAUAGCUAACCGGAAGAUGUUGCGAGAGAGGGCCCGGGUCGGUUGGGAAGAGCUCAAGUUACUAGGCAUUGAUGACGAUGUGAUUGCUGAGGUGUGUCAGGACUAGAUGAUUUUUUUUUCCAAAAAAUGCACGUGCACAUUUUAGUGGCGCUCGCGGACCGCAGUUGUGACUACCUUUCUCAAGUAAACAAAGCACAAG